AUGAUUUACGAUGAACAAUCUAGUACCGACUUCAUCGAGAACGAUGAGGGCAGGUACCCAACUCAAGAGGAAUUAAAGACUUUGCGUCACGUCUCCGAAAAGAUUCCCUUAUCCUGCUGGUUAGUUGCGGUUGUUGAAUUGUGUGAGCGUUUCUCCUACUACGGGUUGUCCGGUCCUUUCCAGAACUACAUGCAAAACGGUCCUGACGAUGUCCCAGCCGGGAUCUUGAACUUGGGGAACCAGGGCGCCACCGCCUUGUCCUACUUCUUCCAGUUUUGGUGCUAUCUCACCCCGAUUUUCGGUGCUUGGGUUGCCGACACCUUCUGGGGAAAGUACAAAUCCAUCUUUGUGUUCUGUCUUGUCUACUUUGUGGGAAUCCUCAUCUUGUUCAUCACCUCUGUUCCAUCCAUCACCUCUCCGUCCGUGGCCCUUGGUGGCUAUGCAACCGCAAUUGUUAUUAUUGGUAUCGGUACCGGUGGUGUCAAGUCCAACGUUUCUCCGUUGAUUGCCGACCAGAUUCCAAAGACCAAGCCAAGAAUCCACAUCUUGCCAAAGACCGGCGAACGUGUCAUCUUGGACCCCGCUGUGACCACCCAGAACGUGUUCAUGUUCUUCUACUUGAUGAUCAACAUUGGUUCCCUUUCCGUCAUUGCCACUACCCAGUUGGAAAAGCACAAGGGUUUCUGGGCCGCGUAUCUCUUGCCAUUGUGCUUUUUUGUGGUUGGUAUCGUUGUUUUAGCCCUUGGUAAGAACCAGUACGUCAAGACCCCACCCUCCAGCACCGUCAUCGCUGACAGUUUCCACAUCAUCUGGAUCGGUAUCAGAAACAAGUUCAACUUCGACACGGCCAAGCCAAGCAAUAGCCCAGACAAGGGUUACCACUGGGACGACCACUUUGUUGACGAAGUAAAGAGAGCCAUGGUUGCCUGUAAGGUGUUCUGUUUCUACCCGAUCUAUUGGGUGGUGUACGGUCAGAUGGUGAACAACUUUGUUUCCCAGGCCGGUACCAUGGAGUUGCACGGUUUGCCAAAUGACAUCUUGCAGGCCAUUAACUCUAUGGCUAUUAUUUUGUUUAUCCCAAUCAUGGAGAGAUUCAUCUACCCAUACAUCAGAAAAUUCACUCCUUUCAGAGCAAUCACCAGAAUUACCUUCGGGUUCUUCUUCGCUACCGGUGCCAUGGUAUACGCCGCUGUCUUGCAGCACUACAUCUAUAUGGCCGGUCCGUGCUACGACAACCCAAUGAAGUGUGCUGCCUCGAAUGGUAAGAUCCCAAACCACGUCCACAUUGCCAUCCAAGUUCCGGCCUACGUCUUGAUCGCUCUUUCGGAAAUCUUUGCUUCCAUCACUGGUUUGGAGUACGCCUACACCAAGGCCCCAGUCAGUAUGAAGUCUUUCAUCAUGUCCAUGUUUUUGGUCACCAACGCCUUUGGCUCCGCCUUGGGGAUUGCCUUGUCACCUACCGCAGAACACCCUAAAUUGGUCUGGACCUACACCGGCUUGGCAUGCUCGUGUUUCGUUGCCGGUUGUUGUUUCUGGCUCUGCUACCACCACUACAACGACAGAGAAGAAGAGCUCAAUGCUUUAGAAUAUACCCAGAAUGCCAAGGACGACGAAUUCACCAGUGAGCAGCUCAAACAUGCCUCUGAUGAUCUCAUGCCGUUCAAGUCUGCCAAAAGUUUGUAG